GAGCCGGCCCCACCCUCGAGCCUUUGGUUCGCGAAACUUUCCGCUCAAGGCCUUCCCCUUGUCCUUCCCGGCUGCCGUAGUUUAAAAAAAAAACGGUUACCCAGCAACGAGAUAUAACAACUGGAUCCAUCAGCUUGAAGAGAAAGAAGAGGUACCGUAGGCAAUUCUUUCCAAGGAAAUGUCGAUUCCUUUCUCCAACACCCACUACCGAAUUCCACAAGGAUUUGGAAAUCUUCUUGAAGGGCUGACACGGGAGAUUCUGAGGGAGCAACCGGACAAUAUACCAGCUUUUGCCGCAGCAUAUUUUGAGAACCUUCUAGAGAAAAGAGAGAAAACCAGCUUUGACCCAGCAGAAUGGGGCGCUAAGCUGGACGACCGCUACUAUAACAAGCACCCGUUCAAGGAGCAAGAACAAUCUGAGAUAUGUGGAAAAGAAACGGGAAAGUCUGGGCGAGAAGAAACACCAGUUACUGUCUUUGAGGAGUCUACUGAGGAACAAAGAGAAAAGGAGGAGCAUGCUGCUCUCAAAAUCCAAGCAGCCUUUCGGGGACAUGUGGCCAGAGAAGAGGUAAAGAAAAUGAAGUCAGAGAAAGAAGAGGAAAAGAAGUGAGGCCACAAGUUUUACCCUCCCCCCCCCCCAGAAAACAUGAAAAA